CCCGCGGCGGCUGUGUGUCGUCUCUUCCCACUCCCACCCCCUCUACCCUGCACCAGGCCCAAGGAGCUGAAGUCAAAUCAGGGCCUCAGCGGAAGCUCAGACCAUGUGGACUGCAGACGACAUCGCCCGGCUGUGUUACACACACUAUGGGACCCAGCUGCCCAAGCAAGGGAAGCCAGAGCCGAACCGGGAGUGGACGUUACUGGCAAGCGUGGUGAAGAUACGGUCAACCCCCAGCCGGGACAGGGACGCCCCUGACCAGCCGGUGCAAGUGACAAAGGAAGUUGUCUCCGUGGGAACAGGAACGAAGUGCAUUGGCCAGUCCAAGAUGAGGAAGAGCGGAGACAUCCUCAAUGACAGCCAUGCAGAGGUCAUUGCCAGAAGGAGCUUCCAAAGGUACCUUCUCCAUCAGCUCCACCUGGCGGCCUCCCUGGAAGAGGAGAGCAUCUUUGUCCCAGGGACUCAGAGAGGACGGUGGAAGCUCAGACCGGACCUCUCCUUUGUGUUUUUCUCCAGCCACACCCCGUGUGGCGAUGCCUCCAUCGUUCCAAUGCUGGAGUUUGAGGACCAGCCGUGCCUCCCUGUCAGCAGAGAGCAGGCCCUCAUGGCAGCUGUCGAGGUCAGCGGUAGCCUGGACACUCCAGAAAGGAAGAGGACAGGUGAAGCUCCUGACAGUCUGAGGACCAAGAAGAUGCGGCUGGAGCCUGAGACGCCGGCCAGGGCGGCUACCAACGGUGUGACUCCCGCGCUGAGUUGGACCACACAGGAGAAGGACCCACCCCCGCCAACUGUCACCAGCUCUAAUUCUGACACAGAAGGGCUGGCCCCCAGCAGGGCCAAGGUAGUGGAUGUGUACAGAACUGGGGCCAAAUGUGUACCCGGGGACUGUGGAGACCCAAGGCAGCCAGGGGCUGCCUAUCACCACGUGGGGUUGCUCCGAGUGAAGCCAGGCCGGGGGGACCGGACCUGCUCCAUGUCCUGCAGCGACAAGCUGGCCCGGUGGAACGUCCUAGGCUGCCAAGGGGCACUGCUGACACACUUCUUAGAAGAGCCCAUCUACUUGUCGGCCGUGGUCAUUGGGCAAUGCCCUUACAGCCAGGAAGCCAUGCAGAGAGCAGUGAUUGGGAGGUGUAGCCACGUGUCAGCUUUGCCCAAAGGCUUUGGAGUCCAGGAGCUCAAGAUAGAGCAGUCUGAUUUGCAGUUUGAGCAGAGUCGAGGUGCUGUGCGGGUAAGAAGAGCCGACAGCCCAGGCCGGCUGGUUCCCUGUGGGGCAGCCAUCAGCUGGAGUGCGGUUUCUGAGCAGCCCCUGGAUGUUACAGCCAACGGCUUCCCACAGGGCACCACCAAGAAAGGCAUUGGCAGCCUUCAGGCCAGGUCCCGAAUCAGCAAAGUCAGCCUUUUCAGAUCAUUCCAGAAGCUGCUAAGCAGUAUUCCAGAGGACAAGUGGCCAGACUCCCUCAGGGGGCGGAAGCUAGAGACGUACCUGGAUUACAAAGAGGCUGCCUCCACCUACCAGGAAGCGUGGAGUGCACUCCGGAGACAGGCAUUUGCAUCCUGGAUCAGAAACCCACCAGAUUAUCACCACUUUAAUUGAGGAGGGAUUGUUUGCAAAGUGGUAGCAGGACAUUUUCCAGCACUUCAGAAAAGACUGCCUUCUCCUCUCAUGCUGGACAAGCCGGGGAAAACGUCUGCCAGAGCACCCUAUCUCCCGUGUAGCAGGAGAGCAAUCGCACCGUGUUUGAAGUCACUCCCAGCUAAAACGGCUUCUCCCUGUGGUGUCUCUCCGAAGUUGUGUUUCAUUGCUUCUCUGAAAUGCGACACAGCGUUUAGACUGUCGUGCCUGGGAGAUACUCUGCAGCAACUGUCUUAUGCGUCCCUAAAUUGAUUCAGCCAAUGUUGCGCUGGCGUGUGUGGUGUUUGAAUCUCCUUGGCAGGUUUUAGCACUUCACCUGGCCUGGAGGACGUGUGUUUUGGACACUCCGCAUUUCAUCCUUGGAGGGGCCAACUUCUGCCCAUGGACUUGAGUGACCCUGUGUUUUCAGCGAGACUGGUUAAAGCUGACCUCACUCCCUGGCACCAGGCAAAGCAGGUCGGACAGCCCUGGAAGUCUAAGAGAGAAGCUCUCUUCCUCUGAGACUGAAAGCCAUCGAGGCCACAUAAUCCCGAGGGGACUGCCUGUGGCCUUUCUCUUCCUACCGCAGGACCCAACCCGUUCAAAGAAUGAAGGUGCAAGAGAAGGCAACCACUAAUGGAAUCAAAGCUCUGGUGACCUUGUCUGGCUCUCUGGAGUCAUGUGCCUGAAGCCUGAGCUCACUGUGGACUUCAGUAUGUGUGACAAGCGCCUGUUGGUCUGAGUCGUUUUUCUGGAAGAGUUCACCUGAAGGGCCAAAAAUAGUCCCUAAAAGCCAGUCAGAAACAAACCUAGCUACUGAUCUUUCAACCUGCUCAUACCUUUGUGAAUUACUGACUGAAAGUGGAAGUUCUCCAUGGUAGGAUUGUUAAUGAAGCCAACUUCCCAAUUGAAGGUCCUCUCUCUGCUCUGUAAGAAUAAGAAAGCAGGAAGCCCAUGCAGCGAACUAACAGAAAGGUCCUUGGGGCUGGCCCCAGUCCCAGCAACGUCAACCCUUCCCCAGAUGAAUGCACUACAGAGGACAGCACUGAAGAUACAGCCCAGUCCAGGGAGAGCGGUGGGUCUGCGCAGACCACAUGGGAACUAAGAGGGAGAAAGAGAGAGAGGACCACAUCCUGGCCCACCAAGCCUCAAGGAUGACAUUCCUACUCGA